AUGCUUCGUCGCCCCGGGCUUGCAUUUUAUGUUCUCAAUGAGAAGAAAGGUCGUGCGCGUAGAAAAAAAGAAGAUGUUCUCAAUAAGAAGAAAGCUCGUGCGCGUAGAAAAAAAGAAGAUGCUGAUACUGGCGCACCUGGUUCGAUGACUCCGCCGACAGAAGCUAAUUCUGAUGGAUCUAGUUCGUUGCCGACAGAAACUAAUGACGGUGGAUCUACUUCGUCUCCGAUGGAAACUAAUUCCGGUGGAUUUAGUUCGUCUCCGACAGAAGCUAAAUCUGGUGGAUCUAGUUCGUCUCCUACAGAAACAAAAUCCGGUGGAUCUAGUCCGUCUCCGACAGGAAUUAGUAAAGGCGCAUCUAGUUCAUCUCCGACAGAAACUAACAACAGUGCAUCUAGUUCGUCGACCGCGACUACUGGAAACCGCUAUGACGUGUUCUUGAGCUUCAGAGGCCCAGAUACUCGAUGUAACUUCUCGGAUCACCUCUACCAUGGGCUCCUUAGAGCUGGAAUUGAUACUUUCAGAGACGAAGAGGAGCUCCCCCAAGGCGAGGACAUCGGACCAGAGAUUUUAGCAGCCAUAACGAAGAGUCAGAUCCUGAUCCCCAUUUUGUCCGAGGGUUACGGUACAAGCAGAUGGUGCCUGAAUGAACUGGCUCAAAUAAUGAAGUGCAAGAAUGAUAAUGGGCAAAUGGUGUUGCCUGUAUUCUAUAAAGUGAAACCAGCCGACGUGGGACAUCAAACCGGGAAUUUUGGAAAAGCAUUUCGUGAGCGUGAGGAUCGUUUGCGUGAGAGGGGUUUCGAUCCAAGGAUCUUGAAGAAUUGGAAGAAAGCACUCGGUGAAGUCACACGCUUGGUGGAUUCGAUUGUCCAAAAAGUGUUGAGCGAGCUGAAGAAAAGUUUUGAGUUGGAUAUUUCUGAGAAUUUGGUUGGAAUUGAUCAUCAUGUGAAGGAGAUUAUGGAAUUUGUGGAUACUAAAAUAUCUCAUGCCACCCUAUUUGUUGGCAUCCAUGGAAUGGGAGGCAUCGGUAAGACUACUCUUGCUAAAGCCAUCUACAACAAGCUUUCCAAUCAAUUCGAGCACCGUAGCUUCAUUCCCGAUAUAAGGGAAUCAUGGAAGCGUAACGGCGCACAUUACUUACAAAAUCGGUUAAUCUAUGAUAUAUUGAAGCUCAAAAAUGAAGUUUAUAAUGAACAUGAAGGGACUAAGUUCAUCUCCUCCAAGUUUAAAGGUAAAAAGGUCCUCCUUCUUCUUGAUGACGUGGAUGUUGUCAUUCAAUUGAGGUGUUUGGCUGGUAAUCACAAUUGGUUUUCUUCGGGAAGUAGGGUCAUUAUUACCACCAGAGACAAGAGUAUUCUUCAAAAUUUUGGGGUGGACCACACCUAUGACCAUAAGGAAAUGGGUAACGAUCAAUCUUUGAUUCUGUUUAGCAAACAUGCAUUCCGAAGGGACUCUCCUCUAAGGGGCUUUGAGGACCUCGCUAAUGAUGUUGUAUCCAUCAUCAAAGGGCUUCCCUUAUCCCUUGAGGUUGUGGGCUCAUUAUUGUGCGGACACGAGAGAGCAUUCUGGAGAGGUACAAUAGACAAGUUAAAAAAAGUGCCUCUUGAGGAAGUGCAAAAAAAUUUACGGAUAAGUUAUGAAGCAUUAGAAUAUGAGCAAAAGCAAAUAUUUUUGGAUAUUGCUUGUUUUUUCAUUGGCAUUGACGGAAGAAUCGCAUCCUACAUGUGGAAAGCUUGUGGCUUUUUCCCCGAGAAGGAAAUUGAAGUAUUGAGAUUCAAGUCGUUAAUAAAAAUUGGGGAUUAUCAUGAGCUCCGAAUGCAUGACCAAUUGAGAGAUCUUGGUAGAGAAAUAGUCCGUGAAGAAAACCAUUUGAAGCCUCAAAACCGUAGGAGGUUAUGGGACUCCGAGCAUGUCAAGAAAGUGCUAAAGGAAAAUAAGGGAACGGGAAUGAUUGAGGCCAUUCAUCCGAGUGAAGGUAGUUCAAAAGGCUUCGGCAAAGCAGCUGAGCAAGAUGACAACAUUUACACGGGAGAACAAUUCAAGAAAUUGACGAGUCUAAGAUUCCUUCACAUGGAGGAAGGGGCACAUCUCGAUGGAGAUUUUAAGGACUCAAUAGGGGAGUUAAAAUGGCUUCGAUGGCCAAUAUGCCCCAUGAAUUUUGAUAUUGAAGAGCAAAUUGACUCUUCGAUUGGAGACGUGAAGGACCUCGUUCGCUUGGAGUUGAGCUACUGUGGGAGCCUCACGAAGCUUCAAGGUCUCGAAAAGUUGGAGUUCUUGGAAAUCCUUAAUAUCUCUGGGUGCGCUUCAAUGGAAAGUCUUCUCUUUCCACAAUCCAGGAGGCUGAAGAAAUUAGAUGCUAAAGAUUGCACCAAAUUAGCCGAAAUUCAAGGCCUUGAUGGGUUGGAGCUUUUGGAAGAGCUAAAUAUCGGUGGCUGCACUUUAAUUACAAAAUUGCACCUUCCGGAGCGUGUGAAGAGAUUAAAUGCUGGCCGGUGCACAUUCUUAGCCGAAAUUCAUGGUCUCAAUAGGUUGGAGUCCUUGCAAGAGCCGAAGAUCUCUCGGUGCACUUCAAUUGAAAGUCUAGACCUUCCAAAAUCCGGGAGUAUGAAGGAGUUACAUGCCGGAGGCUGCGUAAAGUUAGCCAAAAUUCAAGGGCUCGAAUGGUUGGAGUUCUUGGAGAGGUGCGCUUCAAUGGAAAGUCUUCUCUUUCCACAAUCCGGGAGGCUGAAGAUGUUAGAUGCUGAAGAUUGCACCAAAUUAGCCGAAAUUCGGGGCCUCGAUGGGUUGGAGCUUUUGGGAGAGCUAAAUAUCGGUGGUUGCACUUCAAUUAAAAAAUUGCACCUUCCAAAAUGCGAGGGUUUGAUGAGAUUAAAUGUUCACGGGUGCAAAAACUUGGCCGAAAUUCAAGGUCUCGAAAAGUUGGAGUUCUUGGAAAUCCCGAAUAUCUCUGGGUGCGCUUCAAUGGAAAGUCUUCUCUUUCCACAAUCCGGGAGACUGAAGAUGUUAGAUGCUGAAGAUUGCACCAAAUUAGCCGAAAUUCGGGGCCUCGAUGGGUUGGAGCUUUUGAGAGAGCUAAAUAUCGGUGGCUGCACUUCAAUUACAAAAUUGCACCUUCCAAAAUUCGGGAGGCUGAAGAAAUUAGAUGCUAAAGAUUGCACCAAAUUAGCUGAAAUUCAAGGCCUCGAUGGGUUGGAGCUUUUGGGAGAGCUAGAUAUCAUUGGCUGCACUUCAAUUAAAAAGUUGCACCUUCCAAACUACGAGGAUUUGAUGAGAUUAAAUGUUAACGGGUGCAAAAUCUUGGCCGAAAUUCAAGGUCUCGAAAAGUUGGAGUUCUUGGAAAUCCCGAAUAUCUCUGGGUGCGCUUCAAUGGAAAGUCUUCUCUUUCCACAAUCCAGGAGACUGAAGAUGUUAGAUGCUGAAGAUUGCACCAAAUUAGCCGAAAUUCGGGGCCUCGAUGGGUUGGAGCUUUUGAGAGAGCUAAAUAUCGGUGGCUGCACUUCAAUUACAAAAUUGCACCUUCCAAAAUUCGGGAGGCUGAAGAAAUUAGAUGCUAAAGAUUGCACCAAAUUAGCUGAAAUUCAAGGCCUCGAUGGGUUGGAGCUUUUGGGAGAGCUAGAUAUCAUUGGCUGCACUUCAAUUAAAAAGUUGCACCUUCCAAACUACGAGGAUUUGAUGAGAUUAAAUGUUAACGGGUGCAAAAUCUUGGCCGAAAUUCAAGGUCUCGAAAAGUUGGAAAUCCUUAAUAUCUCUUGGUGCGCUUCAAUUGAAGGGCUUCUCUUUCCAAAAUGCGGGAGGCUGAAGAAAUUAGAUGCUAGAGAUUGCACCAAAUUAGCCGAAAUUCAAGGCCUCGACGGGUUGGAGCUUUUGGGAGAGCUAGAUAUCAUUGGCUGCACUUCAAUUAAAAAGUUGCACCUUCCAAACGCCGAGGAUUUGAUGAGAUUAAAUGUUAACGGGUGCAAAAUCUUGGCCGAAAUUCAAGGUCUCGAAAAGUUGGAAAUCCUUAAUAUCUCUAGGUGCACUUCAAUUGAAGGGCUUCUCUUUCCAAAAUCGGGGAGGCUGAAAAAAUUAGAUGCUAGAGAUUGCACCAAAUUAGCCGAAAUUCAAGGCCUCGAUGGGUUGGAGCUUUUGGGAGAGCUAGAUAUCAUUGGCUGCACUUCAAUUAAAAAGUUGCACCUUCCAAACUACGAGGAUUUGAUGAGAUUAAAUGUUGACCGGUGCAAAAUCUUGGCCGAAAUCCAAGGUCUCGAAAAGCUGGAAAUCCUUAAUAUCUCUUGGUGCCCUUCAAUCGAAGGGCUUCUCUUUCCAAAAUCCGGGAAGUUGAAGAAAUUAAAUGCUAAAGAUUGCACCAAAUUAGCCGAAAUUCGGGGCCUCGAUGGGUUGGAGCUUUUGAGAGAGCUAAAUAUCGGUGGCUGCACUUCAAUUACAAAAUUGCACCUUCCAAAAUCCGGGAGGCUGAAGAAAUUAGAUGCUAAAGAUUGCACCAAAUUAGCCGAAAUUCAAGGCCUUGAUGGGUUGGAGCUUUUGGAAGAGCUAAAUAUCGGUGGCUGCACUUUAAUUACAAAAUUGCACCUUCCAGAUUGUGUGAAGAGAUUAAAUGCUGGCUGGUGCACAAUCUUAGCCGAAAUUCAUGGUCUCAAUAGUUUGGAGUCCUUGGAAGAGCUGAAUAUCUCUCGGUGCACUUCAAUUGAAAGUCUAGACCUUCCAAAAUCCUGGAGUAUGAAGGAGUUACAUGCUAGAGGCUGCGUAAAGUUAGCCAAAAUUCAAGGGCUUGAAGGGUUGCGGUUCUUGGAGAGGUUGGAUAUCUCUACGUGCGCUACAAUUGAAAGGCUGGACCUUCCAAAAUCUGAUAGUCCGAAGAUAUUAAAUAUUACAAAUUUCAAAAACUUAACCCAAAUUCAAGGCCUCGAUGGGUUAAAGUUCUUGGAAGAGUUGAAUAUCUCUGGAUGCGCUUCAAUUGAAAGGCUACCAAAUUUAUGUUGCUUUGGCCACUUGAAAAGUUUGACUAUCGACGGCUGCGACAAGCUUCAAGACAUACAGAGCCUAGAGUGA